AUGUGUCACACGUCGCUCGCACCGACGAAACCUCGUCGAUGGACAAAAGGGGAUAAUUUAGGGGAAGGUUCGUACGGCAGCGUCUGGCUAGCGCUCAAUGGCGACACGGGUGAGCUUUUCGCGCUCAAGGAAGUUCGCGUGGGGAGUUCGGAUAAGCACCGCGACGAGUCCAUUGAGCAACUCGAGCAAGAAGUGGACGUGCUUUCGCGCUUAGUGCAUCCCAAUAUCGUACGUUACAUUGGGAUCACGCGUCAAGAGACGGCGCUGUACAUCUUUUUAGAAUACGUCCCGGGAGGAUCCAUCGCGUCUCUCGUGCAGAGAUUCGGUAAGUUUGAAGAAAACGUAAUUCGCGUGUAUACGCGUCAAAUUUUAAUCGGUUUGGCGUAUUUGCACUCGCAGCGCGUGGUACAUCGAGACAUCAAGGGGGCGAACAUUUUAGUAGAAAAGAGCGGGCGCAUCAAGCUCGCCGAUUUUGGUAUGGCCAAGGUGCUCGAGCGCGUGUCGAUCGGGAAAUCGUUCAAAGGAAGCGCGUGUUGGAUGGCACCCGAGGUAAUACGCCAACAAAAUAUCGGUUUUGAAGCCGAUAUCUGGAGCGUUGGGUGCACGGUGUAUGAGAUGUCUACGGGCUCGCCGCCGUGGAGCGAGUGCAGCACGCAGGUGCAAAUAAUAUUCAAAAUCGCAUCCUCGAACGAGAUCCCAGACAUCCCCGAGGAUUUGUCCCCCGAAGGACAAGAUUUCUUGCGACUAUGUUUACAAAGAGACGCGGAGAUGCGCCCCGAGGCUGUGGCGCUCUUGGACGAGCCCUUCGUCUUGGACGCGCAUCGCUCGAGCGAUCACACGCAAAACAUCCCAGGAUUGCAGUACGACACGUGGGCGUCAUCUUCGGCGGUCGACGACGGGAGCAUACUCUCGUCCGAAGCCGAUCCGUCAUCGAGGGUAAAUUCGUCGCGUCACGUGGCGUGGGAGAAUUAG